GUUCCACUUCAAUGAGUUCCAGUUCUUGCUUCUGAAGACGUUUUCUACCAUCCUGCUGUUUACGCUUCUGUUGAUAUUCGUGUCGUGGAGGGUCUACGGGAAGCGUAUAUCGGAGCGGUUUAUGAAGCCUGGUGAGUGGCUACAUCUGCAACAAUAGAACAACUGAAAGAGAGUGUUUCCAAACUGAAACUACCCAAAGAGCACACCCCACGCAUUUAGUACCAACAUUUCCAAACUCUAAACAAACUAUCUUCAAGUAACCAGACUAUAGAAAUCCAAAAUGGCCGACAAAAUAAAGAAAUUCUUCAUGAAGAAGAAAGUGGAUGCCAAAUUCAAGAUGGCGGGCAAAGGUCACAAGUUAGCAGACACUACAUCUACGACUCCAAGUCAUAGUUCUUCGGCUUCAGAUAGAAUGCCCAUGAAGAGAAGCGGGCUGAGUGAGGAGAGUAAGGUGGCUGCGGAGGCCGCGCUGGCCAGGCUACAGUCUAAGAGGGAAAAUCCCGCUUUUAACACUUCUUUGGCUGCAGUUCAGGCACAAGUAAGGAAGGAAUUGGAAGCAGAACAGGCGGCUUCAUCAAAGGAGUCACCUCCACCUGUUGUUCAGAAAACCACUGAAGAGGUGGAUGUGCCACGAAACAUGGCUGUGUCUGGUGUUUAUUUCAAAUGCCCAUUGAUAAGCAACGACAUCCUGCCUAGAGACGAAUGGAAGAAGAACAUCAAGACGUUUCUGUACGAACAACUAGAGUCAGAGAGGAGCCUCACCGCCUGCCUGAUAAUAUACUCCUGCAAUAGCAACAGGGAAAAGGUGGAUUCGUGCGUCGAUACUCUUUGCAAAUAUUUGGAGAACUUAAUACUUCACCCAGACGAAGAGAAAUUCAAGAAAAUUCGAAUGAGCAAUAGGGUGUUCACUGACCGAGUGUUGCCUAUAGAAGGUUCAUUGGACUUGCUGCAAGGGGCCGGUUUCAUACAACAGAAACUGGCUAACCCUGACGGGGUAGAGGAAGAAUAUUUAGUGUUUGAUGAUGCUAACUAUUCGGUGGAUGCUUUGCCGGCAAUAAUAGACGCGCUCCGUUCAGCCGAGCCUAUACAGUUGGAGUUGGAUAGAAACCUGCAAGUUCUGUUGCCUUCUCAAGCUGCUGCCAAGGUCCAGCUACCAGCCUCCUUUUAUACCAUGUCGCCUGAAGAGUUGAAGAGGGAACAGCAGUUGAGGUCCGAAGCUAUAGAGAAAAGCCAAAUGCUGCGAACCAAAGCUAUGAGAGAGAAAGACGAGCUGCGUGAAAUGAAGAAAUACAAGUUUGCUAUCAUCAGAGUACGCUUCCCUGAUGGUAUAUUGUUACAGGGCACAUUUUCUGUCUACGAAAGGUACAACGACAUACACGAUUUUGUCGAACAAAACCUAGAAAAUAGCGGAUUACCUUUCGUUCUCAACACGCCAACAGGACAUAAGUUGAUACCCGAAGAGGAUGGGAAUAAGACCCUUAUAGACCUUAGAUUAGUACCAGCCACAAUACUUACAUUCGCUUGGCAUUCGUCCGUAGCUGAAGAAAUUAGCAGAAGCCCGAAUAAAGAUGUGUAUUUGAAACCUGAGGUAAUGAUUUUGGUAAAGGAAUUAUAAAUGUAUUUAUAAUCUACGAUGUUUGUUAUUAAGUUCAUUUUCCGGUGCAUUUUAAAUCUAAGAACUAUGGUUCUCUUUUACUGCACAAUUUUUGAAGUCACAUCUGCAUAAAUUGCACUUAGAUUUAAACUGAAUUGGAUGAACUAUGUAUCGAUAAAUACUGCUUAGAUAUUUAAAGCUGUAUUAGGAUAGUUUCUCGUUGUUCAAUAAUAAUCUCUAUGUACACACGGAUAGUGCCUGUAAUUGCUUGUUCGAGAUUUAAUGAUGUUAUGCAAGCAUUUUAUUGUAUGUUACAAUUAAAUAAUAGAUCCACAUUAUAUCCCUUUAUAACCAAAGCAAUGAAAUAAUCUAUACAUUAUAUCAUACAAGAAAGUAUUUAACAAAAUAUUUGCUGCGACAGCCACAUGAUUUUUGUAUGUAACGAGCAAACAAUUUUUUAUUGUAUUCAAAAUCAUGAACUACUUAUUCCAACAUUAUACUAGGAUUAUUAUUAAAGAUUUUCGAUUUAGUCAUCGCGUCCUGUCCUUGUUUUAAAACGUUCCAUUUUAUUUAGGCUCUAGACAUACGGAACGUAUUUCAACUGCGAUCCAUUUGUAAAUGUUAUUGCAUUGAAGGUAGCAUGGUUUGCAAGACGCGAUUGUCUUGCCUUGUGCUAUGCCUUCAGGUUCUGUUUGAAAGCAAUAUAACUGCAAAACGACUAGUAUUUGAAAUGAAUGCAGUCUUUGUAGAGCCAUAGACUUACUUAUGUAAUGUUGUGUAAGCUCGAUGUCCAUAUUUAAUUUAUUUAUCUUGUUUUUAAGACUUUUUUGUAUAUGGAGUUAAUGUUACUGUGGAUAAUAAAGUAUUUUGAAAUUACAUU